AUGCCUCUACGAAGGAAAGGGUUGAGACACUCCUUGGUGGACGACAUUGAGAGCCAGGAAAUCCGCGAGUUGCAGUCACAGACAGUGUAUCAGGAAGCUCUAUUGUCACGUACACGUUGUGAGCAUAUCAAGGCACUGCAGGACCGCAUAGAGGAGCUUGAGGACAUCAACGUUAGUCUGAGACGGAAGCUGAUGACAGCUGAGGAGGAGAAGGAACUGCUGCAGAAGGAAAGAGGGAAUGCUUCAUCGACUGAGCGUACUGGAUCGUUGAAGGCGAGUAAGAGGGCCCGGCUAGCACAAGUGACUCGGACGACUGAGUCGGCGGACUACAAACGCUCGCAGCCUAUUCGGAAGUGGAGUACUGAGCAUGAAAAUGAAGGAGAUCGGAAGAAUGUGGACAGACCGUUCGAGUUCUGUCGGAAAGGCUCGACGGCGGACCUACGAGUGGGUGAACGAGAAAUCCUUUGGGGAGCUGACGACUCCACUGCACCAUGGUAUUGCACUCACCGAGAGCGGGACGCCCACGACUACUUCCUUACUAGCUGCUGCCUCACUGAAGGCCCUAGCCUCCACCUGUGGACGGGAAGCAUGGGGAAUAUUCGUGUCUGGGAUCUCGGUGGCCGGCCGACUCAGGCAAGUCACAUCAUCAGAAAGUCCAUCAUUCAAGGGCUGUUGCAGAUCAAGUCGGUGCCGAUACCAGCUGGUGGACAGAACAUAAUCGUGAAGAGCUUGUGUACAGUCGACUGCAACUUGGUGGCCGCUGCCGUAGCCAACAACGUGAAAAUCAUCGACAAGAGUCGGUCGGCUUGGAAGGCGCAUCUCACUCACGCCUCUCAGGAUGCCCUUCCCACAGCUGCUGUGUGGCUACUGUCUUGA